GGAGACAGGCUCCGCCCCACCAGGUCUGCCCCACGCCCCCUCGUGCCAGGCUCUGCGUGGGCCUGCGCUGCUUGCCGCAUACCUCUCGUUCCUCAGCCCCCGCCAGGCCAGCAGGGUGGGAGGAGGCACCUGAGGGAGACAUGAGGACCUGGCGCAGUGGUGAGGAACAGGGCGGACACCCCCAGGAGUGAACUAGAGCUGUCCCAACCUUGGCCUUGGAGCAGCUGCUGCCACACAGGCUUGGCUCAUUCCUCUGACCUGUCAGGAAGCAGAGAGACCCAGAAAGGAGGGAGUCAGAAACCUGGAGACGGAAGGACCUGAGCCCGAGGAGAAACGGGCAGAAGCCACGGCUGGAUUCCCCUCCUUCCCCUCCGCCUGCCUCAACGCUCCUCCUUAGCCAAGCCCCUUCCACUUCCCGGGGGCUCCACCCCUGCCCCUCUCUGGGGCCCAAGCCCCUCAGGGGCCUGCUGUCCCAGGAUGUCGAUAGCUGUGGAGAGCCUUGGCUUCUUCAUGGCAGCCCUGGGGCUGCUGAUGCUGGGGGUGACCCUGCCAAACAGCUACUGGCGAGUGUCCACCGUGCACGGGAACGUUAUCACCACCAACACCAUCUUCGAGAACCUCUGGUACAGCUGUGCCACCGAUUCCCUGGGAGUCUCCAACUGCUGGGAGUUCCCGUCCAUGCUGGCCCUCUCUGGGUACGUCCAGGGCUGCCGUGCGCUCAUGAUCACCGCCAUCCUCCUGGGCUUCCUUGGCCUCUUUCUAGGCAUCCUGGGGCUGCGCUGCACCAAAAUCGGGAGCAUGGACCUCUCCAGGAAAGCCAAGGUGGCAGCCAUCGCGGGAGCCCUUGACAUGCUGGCUGGGGCCUGCGGGAUGGUGGCCAUCUCCUGGUACGCCGUCAACAUCACCCAGGACUUCUUCAACCCCCUCUACGUUGGAACCAAGUAUGAGCUGGGCCCCGCCCUCUACCUGGGCUGGAGCGCCUCCCUGCUCUGCAUCCUCGGUGGCAUCUGCCUCUGUUCCAGCUGCUGCUGUGCCUCCCAGGAGGACCCCACCGCAAGGGCCCAGCUUACCUAUAAGACUUCCACAGUCGUGAUGCCCACCGCCACCUCAGAUGAAGGUGACAGCAGCUUUGGCAAAUACGGCAAAAAUGCUUAUGUGUAGGAGUUUGGGCCAGCGGAACCCAUCUUCUUUCCCACUGCCCAGUGGAGAGGGGUCUUUAGGACCCUGGGGCCCAUCUUCCCUUUAAAAACCUGCAGCAGGCCACACUCCAGGCCACGCCCCUUGCCUGGAGGCCACGCCCCAUCCUGGACUCUUCUAUGGCCUGUCUUCUUCCGAGGCUGGGCGUGAGGGGACGGAGGUGCCCCCACUACCUGGUUUGUGCGUUCUAUAUAAAUACAUGCAUAAAUAAAUGUGUUUUGUGACUGUUCAGGGCUGAAGGUGUCAGGAAGUGGGGGCUAAGCAAGGGGGAGAGGUGGGGCCAGGGAGUGAGUCAGUUCUUAGACCCCUGUUGUUCUGUCUACCACUUCUGGGCUGUCUUGUCCAGCAAAACAGAGGCAUUGCUAGCGAUUUCCAGAGGGUGGUACAUAAUUACUACCAAGAGUCAUCUUGGACCAGAUAUGGGAAGCCCCACCUCCAGGUUCUUGGAAAUAUCAGAGAUUCCCAGGAUCAGCUGGCAGUGAUAACAAGCCACUCCUGAUGAUUUCUCAGAGCUCCUUAAGGGGACAGUUGGUUUGGAGCAGUUUCUUACCUGGGCCUGAGCAGGGACAUCAGGAAUGGGCAGCCCCUUUGGAGCUCUGGAUCAAGUUAGCUGGGUGUGGUGCCUGUACAUUUCUCUGGGGGGAGGUUCCAGAAGCCUAGACGGUGUCCCCCUCAGCAUAGGUUGGGGGCAGGCGUGGCACAGGCCCAGCUCUACUCGGUACCCAUUCAAGACAGGAAAAUGAGGCCACAGGACAGAAGCCUGGCAUCCAGUGACAGCAGAGAAUAGGGGCCCAGCCCAACAUGUAUCCCCUGCCACAGGACCUGGUGAUGCCUGGAUCCCCUCAGCAGUCCCCUCCCUUUCUCUUCAACCUUAUCCACUUACCUGCACCGGCUCUUUCCUGCAGGCCUCUUCGCACCCCUUCCUUUCAGGGAGAUGCGCCCAAACCAAGUUCCACAACUGAGCACUAAGUACCAUGUGCCUUAAUAAGGUGCUAGGCUAAGUUUCCAUUCCUCUGGCCAUCAAUGGUCACAUGAUUAAAGGAGUUAGGGACAUUUUCCCCUUUUCACUAUAUUUGCUGAGUUUCUUCUCACUAGAAGCUGGGGUGGGCACCAAAACAUGGACUUUGCCCUCAAAGAACUCAAACUUGGAGCAAAGAGGAAUGUCAACCAGAAGCUGCCAUCUGAUGUCUAACGACAAACCACUCCGGCUCUUGGGCAGUGCAGCAAUAGCUGUCAAUCCUGGGUGCUCACAAGCUGCGGGCACUGGGUGCGAGUUUUCCCAGUCCUUGCAAUACCUGGGAGGUGGCUGUACCAAAAGCAGAGGCAAAGGCACCUGCCCAGCUGCACAAGUAGGAAGCAGUGGGGCCGGGAUUUCUCUAAGACUGAGGAUAGCUGAUGAUGCCUCCCAGAAUCCUCAGCUAUCCUAACGCAACUAGCAGCAGUGCUCACUGAGCUCUUUAGGAAUAAGUCCCCAGUCUCCAGCCUUCCAGAAGGUGGCACCAACCUCUUCUUCCUGUGUUCCCAGGAAGGGUGGUGCUACUCCAUCAUGACACUAGGUUUAACUUCUAGAAACUGUUGGAAUAGUGUAGAUUUCCCAAAGACCAGGGGUCUAACAAGUCAGCAAACAA